AUGGACGAAGUACAAGAGAGCAAAGCGAAUGUGCCGCCAGUUAUUGUCUCUUUCUACGCCUUACCUGCGCCUUGCAGAAAAUACACAUGUAUUGGCCGCGUAUUCACUUUGUCUCUUUCUAGAGAGUGCAAAGCACAGAAAAGCAAUAGAGCCAAUGAAGAGUCAAAAAAAAUUAACUUCCCUAAAGUAAAAAAAGAUCUGAAUACCCAGAAAGCAGAAUCUUCGCUGGCUUUGUUUGUUUGCGAGCACUGUGCAAUUAUGGCUGUAGAUCAUUUAUCGGAACUAUGCAAAUACCGAUUUGUCGACAGCAAAUACAGCGACAUCAAGUUACAUCGAACCAAAUGCACGAAUAUUAUUAAAAAUGUUUUGGCACCACACUUCAUUCAAGAAAUUGUGACAGAUUUAGGAGAUCAGGAGUACAGUCUCUUAAUCGAUGAAUCGACAGAUAUAUUGGUACUUAAAAUGCUUGGUGUUUCGAUAAGAUAUUUCAGCCGAUCAUUAAAAAAGAUAAUUUCCACAUUCUUGGGAUUAGUUGAGAUUGAAGACGGAACUGCAGACAGCAUAGUGAACGGCAUUAAAGGAUUGUUGGCAGAAAUAAAAAUAAAUUUAAAGAAAUUGAUCGGUAUCGGUACGGAUAACGCUUCGGUCAUGACAGGAACUAACAGUGGAGUGCACGCAUUGUUGAAAAAUGCAACUGGUAAUGACAAUUUAGUGUUAGUCCGCUGCGUGUGUCAUUCGUUACAGUUGGCUAUGUCUCAUGCUUCAGCAGAAACCCUACCAAGAAAUGUUGAAUUUCUUAUAAGAGAAACCUAUAACUGGUUUAGCCAUUCAUCAAACCGAAGACUCUUUUACAAAAACAUGUUUCAAACGAUCAACGGCGGCUCCGUUCCAUUGACAAUUCCACAGAUGUGCAAUACCCGAUGGAUAUCAAUUGAACCAGCGGUCUGCCGUAUUCUUGAUCAAUGGAUAGAAUUAAAAACCCUGUUUGAAAUUGCCAGGCGAGAUGAACACUGCUAUACGGCAGAAAUACUAUAUAACAUGUAUAAUGAUCCACAGAAUCAUUUGUACUUAUUAUACAUAAGACCUAUCUUACAGGAAGUUCAAGUGGUAAACAAGUUGUUUGAAAGUAACGAUGUUGACCCAACAAGAUUGUACAAUGAUUUGAUUGGCUUAGUGGAAUCGAUAGGUCGGCGUAUUCUGAACCCAACGGCAAGGGUAGAUAUUUUAACAGAAGACAUAGAAAGCUAUUUAGAUCCGAAACCAUACAUGGGAUAUGCUUUUGAGACCAAAUUACUUGAAUACAAUCUUCAGCCUAAUGCAGCAAACUAUUUACGCCAACGUUGUAAUAAUUUCACACUGAAACUUGUGACAGAACUACGUUCGAGAUUACCGGUUAAUUUUAAAAUACUUCAGAAGAUAUCCAUGUUUUCAGUUCAAGAGACUUUAAAAGUAGUUAAGCCAUCCAUUGUCGAAAUAGCCCAAGAGUUUCGAGUUAAUGCACCUAUGAUUGAAAAACUGGUAUCUCAAUGGAGAAAUAUAGUUCACAUUAAAUGGGAAUCCUUGACUUCCACAGUAAAGUUCUGGAAUGAAGUCAUGCAAUAUAAAGAUGCAGCUGAUAAUAACCCCUUUGCAGAGUUAUACAAUGUACUACGCAGUAUCGGAACCAAAGAGUAUUACGACUCCGGCUCUCAGCCUUCCACAUCAGCUGAUGUUGAUGAAGAUGAAGACCUUAAUAUUCUAUUCCCUUGA